AUCCAGUGCUAGCCGCCCCAAAAGUAAACGCUUCACUGGGAAUUCUUAUUUUUCAUCAUAAACAAUAAUAACACCCCAACAAAGCCCCUUUGCCUUCUUUUUGUCUUUGUUGUUUCUCUUUUUUCUUGUUAAAACUGACCAUUAUAACAAUAUAAUAUAAUUAUAAUAAACAACUAAAACGUCACUCAGGAAAUGCACUCUUUCUCUUUCUGUAGCUGAGGUCAAUGCGAUGUUUACUGCAAACUUCCAUCUUGUACAAGCUUAAGCAAGACCAAAUAAUGAUGUACUUGGGCAACUUUUUCUCUUCCAUACGUCUUCUUCUUGUUCUUCUUCUUUCUUGUUUCCUAUGAUGAUUGAUGACAAAGAGACCUCUCGAGGUGCUUCAGCUUCAAGACCAACAGCUUUUUCCAUGCUUCAUUUGCUCCUGAAUCUUCUUUUAUUACUUUUACAGUCUUUCUUCUUUGUCUCUCCUUCUCAAGCAGCCUGUGAUCAAAACGAUAGGGUUUUUCUCUUGGCCUUUCAGUCCAACAUAACAGCGCCAUCUUCAUCUCCCUUGAAUUGGUCUACCACUACAGAUUGUUGCUUCUGGGAAGGAGUAGCUUGUGAUGGUCCAGAUUCUGGUCGAGUCAGUCAGCUGUGGCUACCCUCUAGAGGCCUUACUGGUCAUCUGUCAACAUCUCUUUUAAACCUCACACUUUUAACCCGUCUUAAUUUUUCCCAUAAUCGGUUCACUGGAUUUCUCCCCUCUGGGUUUUUUUCUUCCCUCAAUCACCUUCAAGUUCUUGAUCUCAGCUACAACAGUCUCUAUGGGGAACUGCCUCUGGAUUUCAUUUCAGAUGAUAACAGCAGCCUCAGCCCUAUCCAGACUCUGGAUUUAUCCAGCAACCACUUCUCAGGGACCAUCCGGUCCAAUUCUGUUCUUCAAGCAGCCCUGAAUUUGACUAUUUUCAAUGUGAGCAACAAUACCUUAACAGGCCAGGUUCCGUCCUGGAUCUGCAUCAAUACUUCCCUCACAAUCUUGGAUUUGUCUUACAACAAACUUGAUGGCAAAAUUCCCACUGGACUUGACAAGUGUUCCAAGCUGCAGAUCUUUCGUGCAGGUUUUAAUAAUCUGUCCGGGACACUUCCUGCUGAUAUUUACAGUGUUAGCUCACUCGAGCAACUAUCCUUACCGCUCAAUCACUUUUCUGGGGGGAUCCGAGAUGCCAUUGUCCAACUCGACAAGCUCACCAUCCUUGAACUUUUUUCCAAUGAAUUUGAAGGCCCCAUCCCGAAAGACAUAGGCCAGCUUUCCAAGUUGGAACAGCUGCUGCUUCACAUCAACAACUUCACUGGUUAUCUGCCACCAUCUCUCAUGAGCUGCACCAAUCUUGUCACUUUGAACUUGCGGGUUAACCAUCUAGAAGGAGACCUCUCAGCCUUCAAUUUCUCCACCCUGCAACGCCUUAACACUCUUGAUCUUGGCAACAAUAACUUUACAGGUACCUUGCCUUUAAGUCUUUAUUCUUGCAAGUCAUUAACUGCUGUAAGAUUGGCUAGUAACCAGCUAGAGGGACAGAUAUCACCGGCCAUACUUGCUCUGCGAUCUUUAUCAUUCCUUUCAAUUUCUACUAAUAAACUAACCAAUAUUACCGGGGCAAUAAGGAUUUUGAAGGAAGUCAAGAACCUUACUACUCUCAUCCUCACUAAGAACUUCAUGAAUGAAGCAAUACCCAAUGAUGAAAAUAUAAUAGGAGAAGGCUUUCAAAAUCUUCAGAUUUUGGCUCUAGGAGGUUGCAACUUCACUGGUCAAGUCCCCAAAUGGCUAGCUAAGCUGAAGAAUCUAGAGGUGCUAGACCUGUCCCAAAAUAGAAUCAGUGGUUUAAUUCCUAGUUGGUUGGGCAGCCUACCAAACCUUUUUUACAUAGACUUGUCUGCUAACUUAAUAUCAGGAGAGUUCCCCAAGGAACUAACAAGCCUGUGGGCACUGGCAACGCAAGAGUCCAAUAAUCAAGUAGAUAGAAGUUACCUGGAGCUCCCAGUGUUUGUUAUGCCUAAUAAUGCCACCAGUCAGCAGCUGUAUAACCAGCUCUCCAGCCUUCCACCGGCUAUUUAUCUGAGAAACAACAACCUCAGUGGCAACAUCCCUGAGGCGAUUGGCCAAUUGAGAUUUCUUCAUGUGUUAGAUCUCAGCCAGAAUGACUUUUCUGGCAGUAUUCCAGAACAAUUAUCAAAUCUCACAAACUUGGAAAAGUUGGAUCUGUCUGGCAAUCGGCUUUCUGGCCAAAUUCCUGAAUCAUUAAGAGGUCUGUACUUUUUGUCUUCAUUCAGUGUGGCAUAUAACAAUCUUCAGGGACCAAUACCAUCUGGAGGUCAGUUUGAUACUUUUACCAGCUCCAGUUUUGAAGGGAACCCAGGUCUAUGUGGUUCAAUUGUGCAGCGCAUUUGCCCCAAUGCCGGAGCUGCUCAUUCUCCCACUCUGCCAAAACGCUUAAACACAAAACUUAUCAUUGGGCUUGUACUUGGAAUCUGUUCUGGUACUGGUUUGGUUAUUACUGUUCUAGCAUUGUGGAUACUGUCCAAGAGAAGGAUUAUUCCAGGAGGAGACACCGACAAGAUUGAACUAGAUACACUUUCCUGCAACUCAUAUUCUGGAGUUCAUCCGCAGACUGACAAGGAUGCUAGCCUUGUUAUGCUGUUCCCAAACAAAACCAACGAAGUCAAGGAUCUCACCAUAUUUGAACUCCUGAAAGCAACUGACAAUUUCAACCAAGAAAACAUCAUUGGCUGCGGGGGUUUUGGUUUGGUUUACAAAGCAAUAUUAGCAGAUGGGACCAAACUUGCAGUUAAGAAGCUCUCGGGAGAUUUCGGCCUGAUGGAGAGGGAAUUCAAAGCUGAGGUAGAAGCACUAUCAACAGCUCAACAUGAAAACCUGGUGUCCCUGCAAGGUUAUUGUGUACACGAAGGGUUUCGGCUAUUAAUAUAUUCCUAUAUGGAGAAUGGAAGUUUAGACUACUGGUUACAUGAGAAAGAGAAUGGUCCAUCCCAGUUAGAUUGGCAAACUCGACUGAAGAUUGCUAGGGGAGCAAGUAACGGACUGGCUUACAUGCAUCAGAUAUGUGAGCCACACAUUGUUCACCGAGACAUCAAAUCGAGCAAUAUCCUUCUUGAUGACAAGUUUGAGGCACAUGUUGCAGAUUUUGGAUUGUCACGACUGAUUCUUCCUUAUCACACUCAUGUUACAACUGAGCUUGUUGGUACUUUGGGUUAUAUUCCUCCAGAAUAUGGGCAAGCAUGGGUAGCCACUUUGAGAGGGGAUGUGUACAGUUUUGGGGUUGUCAUGCUUGAGCUGCUCACUGGCAAAAGGCCUGUUGAUAUGUCUAGGCCAAAAACAUCAAGAGAGUUGGUUUCCUGGGUGCAGAGAUUGAGGAGCGAGGGCAAGCAAGAUGAAGUCUUCGAUCCACUCCUGAAAGGAAAAGGUUCUGAUGAAGAGAUGCUGCAGGUGUUGGAUGUGGCCUGCCUGUGCAUCAACCAGAAUCCUUUCAAGAGGCCAACUAUCCAGGAAGUUGUUGAGUGGCUCAAGGGUGUUGGAACAAUCAAUAGAAACCAAAAUAAAGAUUCGUGAAAAGUGCUGUUCAUUGCUUUUUACGAAACAGAUACGUAUACCUGCACAAAAUGUCUGAAUCAGUUUAUGCAUACUUUUGCUUUUUUUAUUUUUAAUUGUGUAAAUAAAAUUUACCCAAUCAUAAUACUUCAGCUGUACAAAAAGAAGAAAUCGCAAUUAAGUAGAGACUAUAGUUCCAGGGUCGCAACUGUAACCUUUUGUCAGAUAGGUAAUUAGUCUUCCGUAUGUUAAAAGAAAGAUAGUUUCUUAGCUGCGGCA